AUGGCAGAUGCCCAGCCGCCGCGGAAGCCCUGUGGCUUCUGCCACGUUUGCAACUUCCCUGGGCACACGGAGGAGAAUUGCACCCGCCUGAGGGCAUUGGGGUCACUGAACAGAAUGUCCCUCCCCCCACUCCCCCCCAAGACUGCCGCAGAGAAAGCACCUGCCUCUAACAGCAGCGCUCCUCCGGCUGCUACCACUGCCAUCGUGGCCACCCCCUCCAACAAGGAGGAAAAGAAACAGGAGUGA